UUUAAAUUUAGUUUUGACCGAACCUCUGAAAGCCACACAAUGAGCGCCAAGAACUGGGAAACCAAUGCGGAGAUUCAGUACUUUCGGGAGUAUCUGAGGAUACCAAGUGUGCAUCCAGAACCGGAUUACAAACCCUGCAUUGAGUUCCUAAAACGACAGGCUGAAGGCUUGAAUCUGCCCAUCAAGGUUUUCUAUCCACUCAAUGAGCAGAAUCCCGUGGUGGUUUUGACCUGGGAGGGUCUCGAGCCGGAGUUACCCAGCAUUUUGCUUAACUCCCACAUGGAUGUGGUGCCCGUAUUUCCCGAAAACUGGACGCAUCCUCCAUUCGGAGCAGAUAUUGAUGAAGAGGGUCGAAUUUUCGCCAGGGGAGCGCAGGAUAUGAAGUGUGUGGGAAUGCAAUAUCUGGCAGCUAUAAGAGCUUUGAAAAAGAGUGGCUUAAGGUUGAAGAGAACCAUUCACAUAUCCUUUGUGCCAGAUGAAGAAGUUGGCGGAAGAAACGGAAUGCAACCCUUUGUGAAGUCCGAGGAAUUUAGGUCCCUCAACAUUGGGUUUAGCUUGGACGAAGGAAUAGCUUCACCCACCGCCGAGUUUCCUGUUUUUUAUGCCGAGCGAACAGUAAAACGUUUAUUUUUCAAAAUCAGCGGAUCCGCCGGACAUGGUUUGCUCUUGAUGCCAAAUACCGCAGGGGAAAAGUUGAGCUAUAUAAUAAGCAAGAUGAUGGAACUCAGGGCUGUUCAGGUGCAACGCUUGAAGGACAAUCCCAAGCUGCAGAUUGGCGAUGUGACCACCAUUAAUCUGACCACCGUAAACGGUGGAGUCCAGAGCAAUGUGGUGCCGCCCUAUAUGACCGCCACCUUUGAUUGCCGUCUUUCCUUGGACACGGAUAUCGUCGAGUUCGAGGCUAAUCUCCACAAAUGGUGUGCAGAGGCUGGCGGGGAUAUUGAGUUUGAGUUCGGAUCGCAGUGGCACAAAGGACACAUUCCACCAACGGCCACGGACGCUUCUAAUCCUUUUUGGCUGGCUUUCAAGAGUGCCACGGAUGAGCUGGGUCUGUCGAUCAACCUGCAAGUAUUCCCCGGCGGCACAGAUAGUCGCUACAUCCGCCAUGCGGGCAUUCCAGCCCUGGGCUUCUCUCCCAUGAACCACACUCCGGUUUUGCUGCAUGAUCACGACGAGUUUUUACUGGCGGAAACCUAUUUGAAGGGCGUGCAGAUAUAUCAGAAAAUAAUUUUCAGUGUAGCUAAUGCUUGAAAAUGAAAGGUCCAACCUCGACGAACUUAAAAUACAGAAAAAUAUUCCAUGAGUAGAACUUCUCUAAAACAUCUCGCAGAAUAGUUUGAUCAUCCAUUGCAGUUUGUGGUUCUCUUUGUUUGUCUUCUAUUCGCGAUGUUAGAUAAAUAAAUUGUCUUCAACAAAAUAAAAUAAGAUAAAAUUG